AUGAACUCUCAUGUGUGCCAAUCCCUAGAUGUCGCAAUCCGGCGGCGUGAGGAGAUAGUUUACUUUUGUACUUACUACGUUCAGUUUACACAAGUAAAGAUGGCCGUGUCGGUGAGGGGCCUGUACUUCAUCGUCACCCUGUUUUUGGGCAGUUUUUUCGGGAGCAUCUACAUGUUGGGGCCCUUCCUGCCCCUCAUGCUACUGUCUCCGGCCUGGUACCGCUGGAUCACCGACCGCAUCGUGGCCACGUGGCUCACCCUCCCUGUGGCGCUGCUGGAGCUGGUGUUCAGGGUGAAGGUGGUGAUCACAGGCGAUGGCUUCAUUCCAGGAGAGAGGAGUGUGAUCAUCAUGAACCACCGCACACGUCUGGACUGGAUGUUCCUGUGGUGCUGCCUGCUCCGCUACAGCUACCUGCGGCUGGAGAAGAUCUGCCUCAAGGCCGGGCUGAAGGCUGUGCCUGGCUUCGGCUGGGCCAUGCAGGUGGCCUGCUUCGUCUUCAUCCAGCGCCGCUGGGACGAGGACAGGCUCCACUUGGAGAACAUGCUCCACUACUUCUGUGACAUCAGAGAGCCCCUGCAGCUGCUGCUGUUUCCUGAAGGCACCGACCUGACUGAGAAGACCAAAGGCAGGAGUGAUGCUUUUGCCGAGCAGAACGGGCUUCCCAAGUUUGAGUACGUGCUGCACCCGCGGACCACCGGCUUCACGCACAUCGUCGACAUGCUCCGGAAAGGUGACAACCUGGACGCGGUGCACGACAUUACCGUGGCCUACCCGCAAAACAUCCCGCAGACUGAGCGCCAUCUGGUGUUGGGCCUGUUCCCCAGAGAGAUCCACUUCCACGUGCAGCGCUUCGAGGCCUCCACGCUGCCCCUGGGCGCCAAAGACCUGGAGGCCUGGUGCCGCGAGCGCUGGGCGGAGAAGGAGACCCGCCUACGGGACUUCUACACCGGGCAGCCGCGGGGUUUCGUGAGGGAGGGAGUGGCCCUAGUGCCGCCCUGCAAGAGCGAACUGCGGGUGGGACUGAUCAAAGCCGCGUCGCUGCUCUACUGGACGGGUUAUAUCGCAUUUUGUUUUGCCGGUUUGUGGCUGUGGGCCCCGUUCAGGUGGUUUUUGGGGGCAAUGGUGUGUGUGUAUGUGCUCCAGCAGAGGCUAGUGGGCGGGGUGGAGCUCCUCGAGAUGCGCUGUCAUAGGUAUUGGAAGUCCAAAGAGCUAGAAGGGAAGAUUCAGUGA